UCUCUUUCUAUGCUCUCUAUUAUUUUACCCUUUCAAACAAUCAUUUAGCUUGGAAUUGGGUUUCCAUAGAAACUCAAUAUCUAUAAAUACACUAAAUCUUGCCUUCACAAACAACACACCUCAUUGGCUUUCUCAAGUAUUUAGUUACAUCCUUAGUAAAUUUGAGUCCUUUGCUCUGUUGAGUAUUGAAUUUGUUCUUCCAACAAACAAGCACAAAACAUGGGUUUCCGUUUACAUGCUAGUCUAAGGGCAUCAGUAACUGCUAGACCAGCAGCAUCAAAAGCUUUAGAAGUCAGAAAGGGCUAUGUUGCAGUGUAUGUUGGAGAGAAACAAAAGCGGUUUGUAGUCCCGGUGUCAUACUUGAACCAACCUUCAUUUCAAGACUUGUUGAGUCAAGUUGAGGAAGAAUUUGGAUAUGAUCAUCCAAUGGGUGGCCUCACCAUUCCUUGCACCGAAGAUGUCUUCCGAAGUAUAACUUCUAGCUUCAAUGGCCUAUAAAUUUCAGAUUUAAAGAGACUGACAUAGUUUAGUAGAGACAUUUUUGUAAAUUAGACAUGUUGUCAAAUUGUAAAGAUGGGAAAAGAAAUUACCAUUAGAUUGACAAAUUUAUUGAGUAUGUACUUUUUUGUUAAAUGACAAUGAAUUCGACUACUCAAGCAA